GAAAGAACUUCAGUUUUAUCCUCAACUUAACCUUUGUCACCAACUGAAAUGUCACUGUUCCGAUCUAGAUACUAAAUUGGUUCACCUCAGAUCCAUCCCUCCACGUACUUUAGUACUUUACAAUCUCUCCAAUAGGGUUUUUCUAAUUUCCCAUUUCCAUAAACCCUAAAACUUUCCUACAAUGAAAAUUUAACUCUUUUUACUAAAUUUAUCUUCCCUAUAUAAUAUAUAUCCCUCCAAUUCGCAAUUGCCCAGAUCAAGACAUCUGAUCAACAACAAUGGCGGCCAAAGCGGAAGCCAUGGCAGGAGGUGCAAAACCUCAAGAUCCGAAAUCCCCAGAUCCAUUAUUCAACCCUUCAAGUUUCAAUUUAUCUCUGAAAUCUCUGAAGCUGAAAACCAAACAACAAGAAUUCCUAAUCAGGGUAACAAUCCUGUCUCUCGUUUAUAUACUAGCUUUCAGCACUCGUCUAUUCAGUGUACUUCGUUAUGAAAGCAUGAUCCAUGAAUUUGAUCCAUACUUCAAUUAUCGCACUACUCUGUAUUUAACAGAAAAAGGGUUUUAUGAAUUUUGGAAUUGGUUUGACUCAGAAAGUUGGUACCCUUUAGGAAGGAUCAUUGGGGGUACUCUUUACCCAGGUCUUAUGGUAACUGCUGCAUUGAUCUACUGGGGUCUUCGAUUUCUUCGUUUUGCGGUCCACAUUCGAGAGGUUUGUGUGUUAACUGCCCCAUUUUUUGCAUCAAAUACUACUUUGGUAGCUUAUUUCUUUGGGAAAGAGAUUUGGGAUACUGGGGCAGGACUUGUGGCAGCGGCAUUGAUUGCCAUUUGCCCCGGUUAUAUUUCGAGAUCAGUUGCUGGGUCUUAUGACAAUGAAGGGGUUGCCAUUUUCGCUCUGCUGUUUACUUUUUAUCUCUUUGUUAAGGCAGUUAAUACGGGUUCGCUUGCUUGGGCAUUGGGGUCUGCUUUCGGCUACUUCUAUAUGGUUUCAGCUUGGGGAGGCUAUGUUUUUAUCAUCAAUUUGAUACCUUUGUAUGUGCUGGUGCUUUUGAUAACGGGCCGAUAUUCGAUGAGGCUCUACAUUGCGUACAAUUGUAUGUAUGUGGUGGGAAUGUUGUUGGCAAUGCAAAUUCGGUUUGUUGGAUUUCAACACGUGCAGUCUGGUGAGCAUAUGGCUGCCAUGGGCGUGUUUUUCUUGAUCCAGGUGUUUUACUUUUUGAAUUGGGUGAAGCACCUGCUCAGUGAUACAAAGUUGUUCGAGACCUUUUUGAGGAUAACAGUUACCUCAGCAGUUAGUGUGGGUGUCAUUGCAUUGGGACUUGGCAGUGCAUCUGGCUACAUAUCUCCAUGGACAGGACGUUUUUACUCUCUCUUGGAUCCAACCUAUGCAAAGGAUCACAUCCCAAUAAUUGCUUCUGUUUCUGAGCAUCAACCUACAGCUUGGUCAUCAUUUAUGUUUGAUUUCCAUAUUCUGCUUUUCCUUUUCCCAGCAGGUCUAUAUUUUUGCUUUAAGCGUUUGACAGAUGCCACCAUAUUUAUCGUUAUGUAUGGUUUGACCAGCAUGUACUUUGCUGGUGUUAUGGUUCGUUUGAUCCUAGUUGCCACUCCUGCAGUCUGCCUUAUUAGUGCUAUUGCAGUUUCUGCAACUAUAAAGAAUUUGACUUCAUUGUUGAGGUCUAAAAACAAGGUUCUGUCCGGCUCUGUUAAAGGAAAUGCAAGUGUCAAGGCUUCUUCUAAGGCUACAGCUGAUCAGUCGUUGCCUUUCCAAAGAAAUGCCGCUAUUGCGUUGCUUCUGGGUGCAUUUUACUUGCUCAGCAGAUAUGUUAUCCACUGUACAUGGGUUACAUCAGAGGCUUAUUCAUCUCCUUCAAUAGUUUUAGCUGCAAGGGGUGCACAUGGAAAUCGGAUUAUCUUUGAUGAUUACCGUGAGGCAUAUUAUUGGCUUCGGCAAAAUACUCCUCCUGAUGCAAAAGUGAUGUCAUGGUGGGAUUAUGGUUAUCAGAUCACUGCCAUGGGAAACAGGACAGUCAUUGUAGAUAAUAACACUUGGAAUAACACACACAUUGCUACAGUUGGACGGGCAAUGUCAUCGUAUGAAGAUGAAGCAUAUGAAAUUAUGCAAUCACUUGAUGUGGAUUACGUGUUAGUUGUGUUUGGUGGUGUCACUGGCUAUUCUUCUGAUGAUAUUAACAAAUUCUUAUGGAUGGUGAGAAUUGGUGGAGGAGUUUUCCCAGUCAUCAAAGAGUCUGAUUAUCUUGUAAAUGGGGAGUAUCGUGUUGAUAAAGGCGCAGCUCCUAAGAUGUUAAAUUGUCUCAUGUACAAAUUAUGCUAUUACCGGUUUGGAGAGCUGCGCACAGAAUAUGGCAAGCCUCCUGGCUAUGAUCGUGCUAGAGGUGUUGAAAUCGGGAACAAGGAUGUGAAGCUCGAGUAUUUGGAAGAAGCAUUCACAACAUCAAACUGGAUAGUUCGGAUAUACAAAGUUAAACCACCUAAUAAUAGGUGGUGAGCUAACAAACCUCCUCUCCUGAAAACAAAGGGAUGCAAAGUGCCUUGCGGAAUUAGAAUAGAUGUGAUAGCUGAAAUUUUUCCUUUGGUAUUUUGAUGAGAGGUAGAAUGAGCUAUGUUUUGUUUAGUCUAGUUUUUUUACCUUCAGCAACUUUUUAAUUUUUUUUUUUUGAGAGGAGCAACUUUUUCAUUUUCAGAAACCAUCUUUCCGUUUAGUAUUUGUACGGGAUGUACAAGAGGUCAACGUGGACAGGUUCUUAACUAUUUAUGGAAGAUUUUUUGUUCACACA